GCUGGCUCAUAACGAAGACCUCAGCUGGGAGAAGGUCUGUCCACUGAAGCCCUCGGCGAGCAGCUCAAGCGUGGGGGUCUUGGCUGCUGGGCUGGUGCAUCCCGCUGCGUCCCUCUGCGUCCUGCUGUGUCCCUCUGCAUCCCUCUGUGUCCCUCUGUGUCCCUCUGUGUCCUCCCUCUGUGUCCCUCUGUGUCCUUCUGCAUCCCGCUGCGUCCCGCUGCGUCCCUCUGCGUCCCGCUGCAUCCCUCUGCAUCCCGCUCUGUCCCUCUGCGUCCCUCUGCGUCCCUCUGCAUCCCUCUGCAUCCCCCUGCAUCCCCCUGCAUCCCUCUGCAUCCCUCUGCAUCCUGCUCUGUCCCGCUGCACCUCUCUGCACCUCUCUGCACCCUGCUGUGUCCCUCUGCGUCCCUCUGCGUCCCUCUGCGUCCCGCUGCGUCCCGCUGCCAAACCAAUGUGA